AUGGAUCAGAAAACCGGCGAUAAAAAACGUAUCGGGGUGAUCCAAGCCCUGCGACUGGCGUCUGUCACCGUGAUUCUGGCUCCAGGCGACAUGGUAUUUGCUGCUGGAACCGCGAUGGUAUCAGCAGGGACCGCAGUUUAUAAAAAAGUUCUUGGAAAGAAACCAUCUUUGGAUGAUAAACGGAAGACCCUUUCAGGAGAGCCACAACAAAUACCUACCUCAACAUCAACAUCAGCAUCAACAUCAUCAUCAUUGCAGAAACUGCAUCAAUCCCCACGGAAUAAAAUCAUCCAAGAAUCAUUCUCACGACAUCAUUCACGAUCGAGGUCUAGUCUGACCAUGGGAAAACAUCGUCGAGGUGGGAUAAAGAAAUCCCAAAGGAAUGGUGGUAUUUUCACCAUUACGUCUUCGUCUGCUUCUGGAUUGACCUCAUCGGGAUUGAAAAAUGGUGGUUCGAUUUCUGUCAAUGAUAAAAACGGGACGUUGGAAAAAAAAAACCCUCCAGUCAUUGGGAUACAUUCGUGUAAAGAGUUGUUCUCCAUGGUGUUUCUAUUUGCUGAUGUGAUGUUAUUCAUUGUUGUGGUGAUGUUAUUCUUGUUUGGUUUCUUUAGGUGA